AUGCGUCCCUCGAUCAUUACUUUAGCUGCACUUGCAGCCGGUGUUAGUGCUUUCAAAGACACUUCUCCAUUCGUUCUCUUUUCUACCUCGCCAUUUCAUACGGGAUUGGAAAAGUCAGCACCAUUACGGACGAAUGAUGAAGUUAUUACGGCCGCGUCCACGGCGCUAUCGCUAUGUAAUACCGAAGUAUAUCUCUUCGUGAAUGCGCCCGGUAUUACAUCUUCUGAUCUAUCUUCACACGCGCCACAUCUUCGGAGAGCUGCCAGCGAUAGGAAGCUUUAUGGGAGGUACAUUGUUACUGAGGCUCUGGGAUUGACUGCAUCCACCGCAGAUAAUCUGGCGGAGGUGGUGAGAAAGGAAUGUCGUGCUUCGACUGCGGAUGAGUCGUCUACUAUGGCGCAGGCCUUGACACAAACGCAAGGUGGGAAACCCAUCAUAGUCUCAUGGAAUUACGAAAGCUCGACUGCUGCUGGAGAAAGUAGAGAUGCAAUGGUUGCGAAUACGGAUGCGCACUUUUACAACAACUUCAUGAGGGACCUGGAAGGGCUUAAAUACACUGUAGUCUUCUCCACUACCCCCUCAGACACUCUAGCCGCCGAUGAAAUCACAUACGAACCUACAUUCGAUGUUGGCGUACAUAUGGACCUCAAGAGGGCUCUGUUGACAAGAGCACCUGCUCCAACUGCAAGCAACGAUACCAGACCUCUGUUUGAGAAAUAUCAAUACUUCACACCUGGACUCUUCAUGGGAAUUCUCGUGUCUCUCCUGCUACUCUCAAUCCUUAGUGUCGGUAUCAGUGCGAUUUCAAGUCUAGAGGUGUCAUACGGUGCUUUUGAGAAGGAAAUGGGACCUGCGGCACAGAAGAAAGCCCAGUAA